AAGAUGGCACCGCUAAACACGAGGUAGUUGCAGCUGAUCCAAGAUGUCUGCCGCGGCGUUGGCACGUCGCGUUUUCGGUCAACAAAUAUCUAAUUUCGUCGGUUUCGCGGCCCCGGUGUUGUCUCAGGCGCCAAGAAGGUACAAGUGGAAGCUCGUGAAGCUGCCGGAACCGGGCACCGGCAUAGCUUUCCGAAGAAUCAUCCAUUUCAAGGACGAGUACACAGUGCAGCCGUUGCAGGUUACGAAUCUAGCAGGCAGGGAUCCUGUCACAGGCAGAGUAGUAGCCAAGGGUAUCGGGGGUGGCAUAAAGCACAAGUAUCAUUGGAUCAAUUGGUUCAGGGAUGGACCGAAGGACCUUAACGAACCGCCAAAGGAAGAGAAAGUCCUAGAGGUCUUUAAAGACGGCUGUAGAACGAGUUUAGUCGCGCUAGUCGGCAGCGGUCGGGAACUCAAGUACAUUUUAGCUACGGAGAACAUGAAGCCGGGCAACAUAAUACGUACUCACCAUGGAAUACCGCGUCAUACUGUGAGAGCCUUGGAAGGGGACGCCUAUCCUCUCGGUGCCUUACCCAUAGGAACCCCCGUUCAUUGCGUAGAGAAAUAUCCGGGCGUGGGUGGGUUCCUGAUUCACGCUGCUGGUACCCUCGGAACAAUAAUCAAGCGAGACGGGGAUCGCGUGGUAGUACAAAUGCCCAGCAAGAAGCCUUUUAGCCUCCACGAGACGUGCAUGGCUACGGUUGGACGCUUAUCGAAUGUCGAGCACAGUUCCACGCCAGUUGGUAGCGCGGGGAAGAAUCGGGAAUUAGGAAAUCGGCCGAGGAGCGGUCUGUGGCAACGUAAAACUGGCAGAUUCGGCCGUAAAAUCAGACCGCCUCCUCGCGUACAGCGUGUCGGUGAUGUACAAAAGGCAACGCCCGAAGUGAUUACUCUGAAUACCCACAAUAAUUAGACUAUAUAGGUUAAGAUAUAUAAUAAACGCUCGUUUCAAACACUCAA